AUGACAUCCAGACAACAAGCACUGAUAAUAUCUCCUACUGACCUAGAGAAACGCGUCAGUGUCAUUGUCACAAUGGAUAGGAUUAGGAGCUUAGACAACAGUCUGAGGAUUCAAGACUCACGACAUGAACUUUCCAAAAACCCUCAUGUACCCCCAUCAACCUGGGAUCCCUACAGGUAUCCAACAGUUCUAGGGAAAGAUCCAAAAAUUAUUAAUCAGAAAGUAUCAAGUAAAAUCCCAUCGCGACCACUGUCACCACCACUACAAGCCCGUCGGUUGAAUCAACCUGCUGUUCAACGCGUGCAAUCUCAGAAUGAGGGCUCCCGAUUUAGCUCGAGUUCAUUUUCGUCAGCUUCAAGUCGCGCAAGCAGCGCCGCCUAUUCGUCCUGUUUUUCUAUGGACUCCGGUAGCGGAAGGUCUUCUUCUACUGCAGAAUCCUUCUAUUCCGGGAGGACAAUCGACUCGAGCCCCGAGAGGGAUGCUAUAUCCUGGAGCGUUGGCAACCGAAAGCCUCCGCCCGUCACAUAUGGGAAAAGCCCUUUAUAUGAGAAUAGCUUUGAAAAUGAAGAAAGCAAAAGACAGGUUAUAGUGAGAAACAUCAAUGGUAGGGAAGCCUUUUCCCACCGUCAACAGGUUGAACACGACUUGGCAAAGGAACGGAGGCAGAGGAAAAGGGAUAGAGAUAAAAAACAGGGCAAAGCACUACCUCGGCUAGGAGAAAAUAAAAAGUUACCUGUAGCGCAGGUUCAGUCUGAUUUACCAAGUACUCAAGCUUCUUCAGACGUCGAGUACAGCUCGGCUUUCCAGUUUUACGAAGAGACUUCCCAGUCAACUAGAACAAGUUACAAAUCUUGUCCUUCUCAUUUUCAAGAGACCCCGGAUAUCCUAGCUCAUGAAGCGGGCGGUCGCUCUAUCACGACCCGUUCCAACACCUGGUCUCAGACUGGCUUGACCUCGUCAGAAGACGCUACCGAUUGGGAGGAGGACAGCGACUUGGAAGACUCUUCCAAGAUAUCAGAAUACCCAUCACCUACUCCCCUGGAGAGACUACCUGAAAUGGGACUUUUCCGCUUGCAAACAGAACUCUCACCUAUGAAGUCCAGGUUAAUUGAAAAACUCAUGUUGGAUAUUUGGAAGAUAUUUAGUAAUAGCUGGCUGUCCGGUAUGCGACAACAUGGCUCUUCAGGUCAAUCCACAGUCAGCACAACGGAUAUAGAGUCUGGAGCCACCUCACGGGACUCUUCAAGCGUGAGGUAUGGAAAGAGGGGUCAGAGUGGCGACGGAGAAGACGAGGAGAGCGGUGAUCACCAUGAACGACGACGCAAACGAGCACCAGUAGAUAAACUGCCAUCUGUGCGUGAAGACGAUCCACUUGCGGCAAAUUUCGCUUGCCCCUUUCGAAAACACGAUCCUCGAAAAUAUUCCAUCCAAAGGUGGCCUCGAUGUGCUGAGAAAUCCCAGAAAACGAUCGCUCGGCUAAAAGCACAUCUUUACCAAUACCAUCUCAUUGAGCAAUGUCCACCGUGCAAGUCGGUUUUUGAGUUUGAGGAAGCACUUGGGGCUCAUAACAUGAGCCAGGAUAGAUGCGAAGCAAAGACGGGCGAACAGAUAGAUGGCAUGACCAGAAAGAUGAAAGACCAGAUACAAUACAGGAAGAAACCUCACCCUGGACAAACAGAUGUUGAAAAAUGGGCAAGUCGUGCCUGA